AGUUGUGCUGGCACGGCCAAGCAGGAAGGGCGUUUUAGUUUGAGGUUCUGCAAGUUCCGUUCCGUGGUGCUAGGUGGAGUUUGGUUUUUUAAGUGUGUCGUUUAACUACGUUUUGUGAUGAAGUUUCUGUUGCUAGUGUUAAGCUGCCUUGCGGCAAGUGCACUUGCCACAAAGCCCCCCAAAUGGCCGGAAGUGUACGCCGUGAGCGGUGUGCUGACCAUUCCGUACGCCGAAAUCAGCGAACCGUUCUACGCCUGGUACGACAAAAAGAAUGGCCGAUCGCGCAUCGACUACUACGGGGGCAUGGUCAAGACGUACCAGCUCACAAAGCAGGGGGACUUCGGCGUCAGCCUGAAGCUGGCACCGGUCAGCACGAAGGACCAGAUAAACAAGGAGACCUGCCUGCAGGUCAACGGAACGACCGAUAACGCCAUCGAGGUGCAGGGCAUCCUGCCGUACGUGAAGGACUUUACGCUGCUCGGCACCGAGGAGUGUUCCGGGUAUCAGUGCGAUAUGUUCGGGCUGACCGAGGUCAUCGGCCAGAAGCGCAACGUUUACAAGCUGUGGGUGCGGUACGUAAAGUCGCCGAAGUAUCCGGCCGCCCGCAUGCCGAUUCCGGUGCGCUACGAGAUGAAGGGCUACAACACGCUGCUCGGAUCGCACUACGAUCACUACUAUCUCGACUACGAGUCGUACGAUCAUGAGGAUAUUCCGGAGGAUGUGUUCGAGGUUAAGCUGAGCGAUCCGUGCGUUGGCUUCCCGGGUCCCGGAAGUGGCCACUACGCCACCUUCAACCCAAUGCAGGAAUUCAUUCAUCCACGCUCGGAGGAACAUCUGCACGACGAAUUCAGUCGGUUUAAGAACAAGCACCAGAAAGCGUACGGCAACGAGCUGGAGCACGAAAAGCGUCUGAACGUGUUCCGCCAGAAUCUACGCUUCAUUCACUCGCACAACCGGGCCAGUCGGGGCUUCACCGUGGCCGUGAACCAUCUAACCGAUCGGACCGAGGAGGAAAUCAAAGCGCUGCGUGGAUUCCGUUCGUCCGGCGUACACAACGGUGGCCGUCCGUUCCCCUACGACCCGAAGGACUAUCUCGACGAUCUGCCCGACACCUGGGACUGGCGCAUCAGUGGUGCGGUCACCCCGGUCAAGGAUCAAUCCGUGUGCGGAUCGUGCUGGUCGUUCGGUACGAUCGGACACAUCGAGGGUGCGUACUUCCGCAAGACGCAAAAGUUGGUGCGCUUCUCGCAGCAGGCGCUGAUCGAUUGCUCCUGGGGCUACGGCAACAACGGAUGCGACGGUGGUGAGGACUUCCGUGCGUACCAGUGGAUGAUGGAGGUCGGUGGCGUUCCGAUGGAGGACGAAUACGGGGGCUAUCUCGGCCAGGAUGGAUACUGCCACGUGCAAAACAUGACGCUCUACGCACCGAUCACCGGCUGGGUGAACGUGACGUCCGGUGAUGCGAAUGCGUUUAAGGUGGCACUGUUCAAGCACGGACCGCUAUCGAUCGCGAUCGAUGCGGGCCACAAGUCGUUCAGCUUCUACUCGAACGGCGUGUACUACGAGCCGGAGUGCAAGAACACGCUGGACGGGCUCGAUCAUGCCGUGCUGGCCGUCGGGUACGGCAAGCUGAACGGUGAGGACUACUGGUUGAUCAAGAACUCGUGGUCGAACUACUGGGGCAACGAUGGGUACGCGCUGAUGGCGGUAAAGGACAACAACUGUGGUCUUACCACCGACGCCACGUACGUGUUGAUGUGAAACGGAACGGGGCAAGUUCCCUUCGGGAACCAUUCGAGAUGGUUUCCGUUUUAGUGUGUUUUUUGUGUAUGAAUUUUUGUAUGAACUCUCAAUAAAAAAUGCUCAGUCUUAA